GGAUCCGCAGGCGAGGCGAGGGUCCAGCAUGAGGACGGGGCCGGGAGGGCGCCGCUGGAGCCGGGCAGGCAGCAGCAGCAGCAGCGAUGCCCGGCCGGCUGCGCGCCAGCGGGGCAGAGGCUGGCUUGGCGUCCCGUUCCUCAAGGUUGAGCGCCGUUUCGGAGCGAGGAUCUUGAGCCGGGCGGGUCUGGAUCUGGAGUGACAGCUGUCCGUCUCAGUCUCCCAGCCUCCUCCAAUAUUUGGGGGAACUUCUCGCCUUCCUUUUCAAUUGGAUUAGAAGAGCAGAAAAAGUGGGGAGGACCAGCUCGCUGCUGGCACACGCGCUGCCCUUCAAAGCAGCUCGAUUCGGAUGGAGUUGGGGGACCAGGCUCGCCAACCAGGCAUCCCGGAGCGGCUGUCCUUCAAGCUCCGGUCGCCUCUUUCUCCCUUUCUCGACUCGGUGAGUUCAUCUCUCCAGUGAAUCGUGAAAUCUCUUUACCUGAGGGCGGCUCAGCCGGCAGCCUGCGUUCCCGGGACAGCAGCUCGAUUGACGCAAACUUGAGAAGAGCUUGGAAGGGUUGGGGGGGGAAGACUUUUUGAUCUUGGGGGGGGGAGACUAGAUGAGGCGGGCUGAGGAGGAGCCACCCUCAACGAGGUGAGCUUAGGAGAACCCAGCUGAGCGACUGUAGACCCGGGGGACUUUCGGAGUAGCAAAACAACAGUCAUAAGGAAUUAAUAGUAAUCGGUCCGUUAAGGAAGUGAGCGGGGUUGCGGCUCAAAGCAACGGCACGGAUCUGAUGUCUUACUGUGAGGAGAGACUGAAGUCAACAUCAAGUCAACUCAGUGGUGCAGAGAACUAAUUUUAGACUCUGGACUUCAUGGUGUCACCGCCUCCCCCCUACUUUAAUGGGCAAUUGGUAUUACUUCACUUACUUUAAAGCGCUGCGUGGAGGGGUGGAGGGCUUCUACUAGUGCUGCUGCGUGGGGCCCCGGGCCUCUGCCCUAAAGUCUUAAACCGUGGGCGCCUUCCGAGACAGCCCCCACGCCCUCAGAGGUCUCCGUGGAUUAAUACACUUCUCUCCUCCGAUCGCUUGCGGGGGACGGAAGUUUGGGAACUAUCCAAGGUCCUGAAAGAAGACGAUGGUGGAGACUCUGUCGGUGGCUGUCCUGGGAGCCCCGAAGGUGGGCAAAACGGCCAUUAUCCGUCAGUUCUUGUACCACGACUUUACAGAGACUUACAGCCCGACGGAGCGCCGCCGUACCUACCGGCCUUCGGUCAUUUUCAACGGGAACAUGUACGACAUGAAGAUUAUGGAUGUUCCUUACCUGACGGCGUUCCCAGCAAACAGCUCUCAGCUUUCCCCAUCUUUUCCUCUCGCCCACCAGGAGUGGUCAGACCUGAAAUCCCGAGGGCUGAGGAACACUGAUGCCUACGUCCUGGUGUAUGAUAUCUGCAGCCCAGAAAGCUUUGAGUAUGUGAAAAUGAUCCGUCAGCAGAUCCAGGAGAACAGGGCGAGCAGCAGUGGCGAAGCCCCCAUCAUUGUGGUGGGGAACAAGCGGGACCUGCAGCGCCAGCGCUUCUCCCCCCGCCGGGCCCUCUCGCUGCUGGUCAAGAAGAGCUGGAAGUGCGGCUACAUGGAGUGCUCGGCCAAGUUCAACUGGCACAUCGUCCUCCUCUUCAAGGAGCUCCUCUGCAGCGUCUUGGCCCGAGGCUGCAGGAACAACCACUCUGCCAUGCGCCUCCAGGGGGCGCUGCACAGGAACAGGUGCAGCCUCAUGUGAGGAGACCCUGCCGGCCACAAGGGGGCGUGCUCACGGAACAAUGGAAUUGCAGAGUCGGGAGGGUCAUCUAGCCCAACCCUCUGCAAUGGGGUGCCCCCCAAAAAAACACCUUUCCAAGAGGUUCGGACAUUGGAGCAGUAGUGGGAAGCUGAGGGCCACAUCUCGGCCACUAGGGCCGUGUUUGCAGGAGUAAUCCCUUGAAAUACCUGGGCUUUUCUGCUUGGUGCAAUGAACACCUUGGAAGGGGGGAGUGGAGUUUUGGGGUGCCAUUGAGUCAAAAUCCACGUAGCCCAGUUUUCUGUCAUGGGUGGCGGGUGCCUGUGGCUGAGAAGCCCCUCUGCCAUUUUGAUUUUCCCACAAUGCCCCGGGGCAGCCAUUGGCUUGGGAAGGCUUUAGACACGAUGGGAAAUUUUAGAUAGCAGGUGGAUCCCCAGACUCAGUUACUGCAGGCAGGUAAUCAGUUGUGGGGAGGAGGGAGCCAAGCUGCUGGGGGAAUCACUGACUCAGGAGCAAGCCCAGCAGAGGGUGGGGCCAUUGACCUGGAGCCAGCCUUGACCCAGUGGGCAGCUGAAGGCUUGAUGGCUGUAGGUCCCAGUAUAGCGUCCAGAAAUAAGCAGCAGGCACUCGUCGCUUAAAAUGCACAGGCCAGACCCUCUAAUUUCCAAGGUUGUGGCUCUGGCGCAAAGCACCUGCCCCCAUGUUCCAUCCCUGGCAGGAUCGCUGGGGAAAACUCCCCUGCCUGAAACCCUGGAGAGAUGCUGCCAGUCAGUGUUGACAACACUGAGCUAGGUGGACCACUGGGUUGGCCAAGCAGAAGGCAGUUUCUAAUUAAUUCGCCACCACCCCUUUCAAAGAACAGGAAGGACUAGAAUCUUAAUUUAUUUUUAGGGAGGAAGCAAGAGCAAGAGUUGUAGAGCAUCUGCUUCUCCAACCUGCAAGCUCUGGAAAGCCACUGCUGGUCAGUGUGGACAACAUUCAGGCAACUGGCCAAGUCCUGUAAGCCUACCGAUCGAUUCUUCGGCUUGGGGCUCUUGCACAGAGGGGCCCAGUUGCAUGCCCACUUUUAGCAUCAGAGAAGCAGCCGUGUGGAUUUUCAGCAUCUCAGGCCUGACCUCAGCUAGCUGGGUGACUCUUUCUGCCCUCAUAGAUGAGAUCCAGUCCUUUGUGUGGUCCCAUGUGACGCUCCAGAGGCAUCUGCUGGGCCGUAGCUCAGUGGUAGAGCAUCUGCUUUGCAUGCAGAAGGCUGCAGGUUCAACCCCCUGCUUCUCCAGGUAUGGCUGGGAAAGAGAGAGACAAACCUUGCCUGAAACCUUGGAGAGCUGCUGCCAGCCAGGGUGGGCAUUACUGGGCUAGGGGCUGCCCACGGUUUGAUUUGCUGCAAGGAAAUAAGCGCCCUCUUUCCCUGUAUGAAAUCUCUGCAUGCAAAACGCUUGAAGGAGCUGCUUGCUCCUCGGAAGCCUCAGACGUGCUGCGGAUUCAAGAGGCUUCAAUGAGGUCUGUGAAAACACACGCA